CAGAGGAGAGGGAGAGGGGGAGCAGCGCUCAGCUCGCAGGAGGACAGGCUUCUCUUUUCCGUGCUCAGUUAAUCUGGCUGUCAGUUGGUGUUAACGCUGCAGUUUAAGCGCUGGGAUUCCAAGGGAAACAGACAAACCUCGCAGAAGGCAGGCAGGAAGCAAGCGAGGAAGGAAGGAACGGCAGGAGGAAAAGAACAGGCAGAAGAGAGAGAGGAAUAAAGGGAAGGGGGGAAAACACCAAAUCUAUGAUUGGACCUGGGCUUCUUUUUCGCCAAUGCAAAAAGGAAUAUGCAGCACAUUUUUGCCUUCUUCUGCACCGGUUUCCUAGGCGCGGUAGUAGGUGCCAAUUUCCCCAACAAUAUCCAGAUCGGGGGAUUAUUUCCAAACCAGCAGUCACAGGAACAUGCCGCUUUUAGAUUUGCUUUGUCGCAACUCACAGAGCCCCCAAAGCUGCUCCCCCAGAUUGAUAUUGUGAACAUCAGUGACAGCUUUGAGAUGACCUACAGAUUCUGUUCCCAGUUCUCUAAAGGAGUCUAUGCCAUCUUUGGGUUUUAUGAACGGAGGACUGUCAACAUGCUGACGUCCUUCUGCGGGGCCCUCCACGUCUGCUUCAUUACACCGAGCUUUCCUGUUGACACAUCCAACCAGUUUGUCCUUCAGCUGCGUCCCGAGCUGCAGGAUGCCCUCAUCAGUAUCAUCGACCAUUACAAGUGGCAAAAAUUUGUCUACAUUUAUGAUGCUGACCGGGGUCUGUCCGUCCUGCAGAAAGUCCUAGACACAGCGGCCGAGAAGAACUGGCAGGUGACAGCCGUCAACAUUUUGACAACCACAGAGGAGGGAUACCGGAUGCUCUUCCAGGACCUGGAGAAGAAAAAGGAGAGGCUGGUGGUGGUGGACUGUGAAUCCGAGCGCCUCAGUGCUAUCCUGGGCCAGAUUGUAAAGCUGGAGAAGAACGGCAUUGGCUACCACUAUAUCCUUGCAAAUCUGGGUUUCAUGGACAUUGACUUAAACAAAUUCAAGGAGAGUGGAGCAAACGUAACAGGUUUCCAGUUGGUGAACUACACAGACACCAUCCCGGCCAGGAUCAUGCAGCAGUGGAAAAACAGUGAUGCUCGGGACCACACCCGGGUGGACUGGAAGAGACCUAAGUACACCUCUGCGCUCACCUACGAUGGGGUGAAGGUGAUGGCUGAGGCUUUCCAGAGCCUGCGGAGGCAGAGAAUCGAUAUCUCUCGCCGGGGGAAUGCUGGGGACUGCCUGGCUAACCCAGCUGUGCCCUGGGGCCAGGGCAUCGACAUCCAGAGAGCUCUGCAGCAGGUGCGGUUUGAAGGCUUGACAGGAAAUGUGCAAUUUAAUGAGAAAGGACGCCGGACCAACUAUACCCUCCAUGUGAUCGAAAUGAAGCACGACGGCAUCCGAAAGAUUGGCUACUGGAAUGAAGAUGAUAAGUUUGUCCCUGCAGCCACGGAUGCUCAAGCCGGGGGGGAUAACUCAAGUGUCCAGAAUAGAACAUACAUCGUCACUACAAUCCUAGAGGACCCUUAUGUGAUGCUCAAGAAGAAUGCCAACCAGUUUGAAGGCAAUGACCGCUACGAGGGCUACUGCGUGGAGCUGGCAGCAGAGAUUGCCAAGCACGUGGGCUACUCCUACCGUCUUGAGAUCGUCAGCGAUGGGAAAUAUGGAGCCCGCGACCCUGACACAAAGGCUUGGAAUGGCAUGGUGGGAGAGCUGGUCUAUGGAAGAGCAGAUGUGGCCGUGGCCCCUUUAACUAUCACCUUGGUCCGGGAAGAGGUGAUAGAUUUCUCCAAACCAUUUAUGAGUUUGGGGAUCUCCAUCAUGAUAAAAAAGCCACAGAAGUCCAAGCCAGGGGUCUUCUCCUUCCUGGAUCCUUUGGCUUAUGAGAUUUGGAUGUGUAUUGUUUUCGCCUACAUUGGAGUGAGUGUUGUCCUUUUCCUGGUCAGCCGCUUCAGCCCCUACGAAUGGCACAGUGAAGAGUUUGAGGAAGGGCGGGACCAGACAACCAGUGACCAGUCCAAUGAGUUUGGGAUAUUCAACAGCUUGUGGUUCUCCUUGGGAGCCUUCAUGCAGCAAGGAUGUGACAUUUCUCCAAGGUCCCUGUCCGGCCGCAUCGUUGGCGGCGUCUGGUGGUUCUUCACCUUGAUCAUCAUCUCCUCCUACACAGCCAACCUGGCCGCCUUCCUGACCGUGGAGAGGAUGGUAUCUCCCAUUGAGAGUGCCGAGGACCUAGCGAAGCAGACAGAAAUCGCUUACGGGACCCUAGAAGCGGGAUCCACGAAGGAGUUCUUCAGGAGGUCUAAAAUCGCCGUGUUUGAGAAGAUGUGGACGUACAUGAAGUCAGCAGAACCAUCCGUGUUUGUGCGGACCACGGAGGAGGGGAUGAUCCGAGUAAGGAAAUCCAAAGGCAAAUACGCCUACCUUCUAGAGUCCACCAUGAAUGAGUAUAUUGAGCAGCGGAAACCCUGUGACACCAUGAAAGUGGGAGGUAACUUGGAUUCCAAAGGCUAUGGCAUUGCGACGCCCAAGGGGUCCGCCCUAAGAGUUAGAAAACAAAGACAAAACCUCUGUGUUCUGACUGACUCACUGCCUGACCAACAUUCCUGCUCCUAAGAUCACAGAACUGUCUGUCCCUUGGGUACACUCAAGAGGGGAAACUACCUGGAAUGGCCAGCUGUGAAGGCAACUCUGACCCUUAAGGAGACCUGAGGAUGUCUGCAUUUUAAUGGAGGCUCCUGAUAUAACCCCAUUAACUCUUUACUUCCUUCCACUUGGAAGGUCAUUGGUUAACCUCUCCCACUUCACCCACCACCCCAAGCUACUGGACCGGAAGAGUCCUACGGACCCUUCGCUUUUUGCCCAGUGAUGGUGUUUGCCUUAGAUGGUCCACGCUGACGAUGUCACAGACUGGACUAUGGACAGAAGGGGCCUUAGAGACCACUGUCCAAAAGGGAGACGAUUAAGAGAGUGCCGUCCAGACCCAGGUCUCCAAACACCCAGUCCUAUCCUAGACUCAACCACGCAUCCCCACCUGCCCCAGGCAUGGCAGGUCAAGCAAGCUUCGUUUCUUGCCAAAGCUCUGGCCUCUCACUCCCAGCAAAACGAACCUGGUUUGAUCUCAACAAAGGAACAGAAACAACCAGAGAAGGUUUCUCCCCAAAACCCUCAGCAGAAGUGGUGUCCUCCUCCUCCUCUGCAGGCCGUGGCCGUACGAAGGGAAAAGUGUACGGGAGAAAGGAGGUGGCUGGGCCUUCUGCACAGAGAGAGCACCCUGGGCCUUGGAAGCCCCCAGCCCCAUGGAAGGAAGAGUUAGAAUGACCAUACUCGCUUGCAUAUUGACCUUUAUCCAGUGCACGGAAAUUCCCACUCUUCAUGGCUCCCCCUAAACGUCUUCAAAUCUCACUCAUCAGUACUACACCCCCCCUUCCUGAGGGCAGAUGCAGAGCCCCCUGAAGCCUCUUCUCCUGGGAGCCCAGUGGUUCCCAGCCUAGAGAGAUCACAAACCAUCAAUGCCCAAAAAGGAAAUGGGGGUGGCGUGGGACGCUUGACAGUUUUUUAUCUCACCAAGGAAAGAUACGAAAAGAAACAAAACAAAAAAUUACCGUCUCUCCUCAACAUCAUUUAGGAAGAGGAGAAAUGUGUUAAUGUUAACACUAAAAAAGAAGAAAGCAAGUCAUCAGUUGCACGCAAAGGACUGUCGUUUCAAUGGAAAACUUCGGCUCUCUGGAAACUGACUAUGCAACCCUCCCUUUCCUCAUUCUCCCAGCGAUUAGUAAAGACUUCAUCACAGAUUGGCGCGGCUCAUUGGACCAGCCUCCUGGGACCCACAGACUGAAUCCCAACUUUGCCUCUCGUGCAUGAAUUCCCUCCAUGUUUUUCCUGACAAGGAGUCGUCCCACCAACAAUGUCUUACCUAAUUGAUACUUUUCAAAUAACAAUUUCCAGAGAGCUCUAACAGCUCCAGAGCUGGCCAGCCUACUGGGCAGCAAUCUGUGUCCCUGUGGCUUUGCCUCCCUGAUCUAAUACUGCCCUCCAGCAUCUCAGAGAAUAAAUCUAAUUCCUCCUCCACUGACAACCAAUCCCAAGUUUCCGAGCGAGCCCUGUUUACUCUGCAGUGACCUAUCAACUCCAUUAUCCCUGGAUCCAGGGUUACAACUUUUGAUGUUGUCUGUUUCUCUUACAUGAGUCAUGACACUGGGUAAUUAAUUGAUGCCUAUUGACUUAGUACCGGGUGCUUAGUAUAGAAGGGCUGCUGGUCUGAGGCUCCUCCCUGCUUAAACGCCUUCCAUAUCUCCCUGGCCCACAGGUAAAACGUUGACUUCUUAGUAUAGAAUUCAAGGAUGUUCACAGGUGGGACUCAGCAGUUGUAACCUCAUCUCCCAGAAAUUCCCCUCAUCGUGACCACACUCCCCAGGCCCUGUAAUUCCUAUCUCAGGGCUUCUGAUAUCCCUUUUCCCUUGGCACAGAGGACUCCCUGAAGGUUUUCUCACUUCCACCCACUAUCAGAACUAACCUCUAUCUCUUUUCUGGUACUUCCAUACCCCUUGCUGUAAAAUCAGAUUUAGCAUUCCAUGGACUAUUGAGAAGCUUUUCCGCCUCCCACACUAGACUGUACAUUCCUUGAAAGAUGAGGUUUAUAACUUCAUUCCUACUAAUUACUUAGCACAGUACUUGACACUUAAUUGGCCCUCAUAAAUAUUUGGGGAGCUGACCCAAAGUCAUCGACUCUUUACUCCAAAGGCUUUAUAAUCAAGUGAAAGGCUAAGGCUAAUAAUACACAUGAAACAAUGGUGGGCAGAGCAAUGAAUUGAUUGCUAGGUGCCAGGGAAUUUUAAAGGAAAGGUCAAGGAGAAAUCAAGUGCUCAAGGAAAACAUGAGGAGCAUUGUAGGGCAACCAGAUAUUAAGAAAGAAUUAAGGAGAACAGGAAGAUGCACAUGCAUAGCAGCAGGAGGAAACACAGUGGUUGAAGGAGAGCAGGAUGCCUAGAAGCCUAGUCUGAUUAAAACUGAAGCUUCCUUGGGACUUCCCUGGCGGUCCAGUGGUUAAGAUUCCGGCUUCCCCUGCAGGGCGCGCAGGUUCAAUCUCUGGUUGGGGAACUAAGAUCCUGCGUGCCACAAGGCGCAGUCAAAAAAACAAAACAGAACAAAACAUCUGAAGCGCCCUUUGGAGGAGGAGAAGUCAAGCAUAUCAGUGCAGGCUGAGCAUCAACUCCAAGGGCUGUUUCAUACAACACUGCUAAGAUGCUUGAAUUCAAGGUUCUGAGGGCAAGAGUGGAAGUGUGGACAACUGCUUUAGAACUGAGGGCCCGAAUUCAAUCUUUAGCUUUUCAUAAGUUGAGGCCAGUUAAAAUCAUCUGAAAUAUCUCCCCUGGCUGUUUUCGCUUUUUCCAAACUUUAAAAUCCCUGCAAGUAUAUGAUAAUAUACUUCUUCACAGUGGCAAAGUUGAAUACAUUGAACCUUAAUGAGUACAAAGUCAUCCUAAAGAAUAUAUUUCCAGAAUUCCAACUUCUCUCUCCCCAAGAUUUCCAAAGAUAAUUCAUUGAUUCAAAGGCUCCCCUGGACGCAUCAGCUCCUGUGGCUGAGGGUCAGGGCUCAGGAAGUUGAGCGUGUCUUCUGCUCACUGGCCCUCUUGGGGAGCGAAUGUCAUGCAAGUCACCAUGUCCGCGAUUACAGGCCUAGCUGCAUUCCCUGACGACCCAGGACCAUCAUCACCCUUAUACUGAGCAUCUGUCUAAAUCUGGGAAUUUUCAGAUGACUCUGACUCUGCCGAGUUAGGACCAUACCUGAUUCUGUUUUGUUUGUUUGCUUUAUGUUUCUUUGUUUCUUUGUUUUUCUCGAUUCCAAGCACAGGAUUUGGCAUAAGAAAAGUUCAGCUAGAGAUCUGGUUACUCAAACAAGUAAAUGUCAUAACUAACAUCAAUAUUUGAGCCCUUUAUAAAUGCCUUGCUAAGGUCCUUGCAGUUCUGUUUUUUUAUUCAAAUUACAGAAGAAAAUAAGGACAAUGUUUCUAAAUUCAUUCUGAAAUGUCGUCCUUACUGUUUCUUUGACUCUUCCAGUGUCAUCCAUUCAAUUAGAGGGAGGUGAUGCUAGAUGGUGGUUGCUCUCUUUAAACAUUUUUAUUUAGCAAAGUUAACAUUUAACACACAUCUGUGUUAGUUCUUCCACCUGCACUAUAUUUUUUUCCUCAUCCAUGAAAUCUAGAUGUCUGGAAACUACUGCUAGUCUGGAGCAUGGCCUCUGCUAUCCAGGACCCUGGAUUUUGCACAUAUCUCGGUUCUUAUCUUAUUAAGUUCUUGGCUUUUAUUUUCCUGUAAUAGUUUUAGAAGGGACUAUUUUACAAUCAGAUUUAUGCCUCUUUAACUUCUAUUUUGAACAUGUUGUGCAUAACCUUUUCUUGAGGAUACUAUCAUUAUCGGUUUUCAACGGCAUUGGUUUACAAUAUGGUGGAUCUUCUGGAAAACACAUAUUAUAGGACAGUUUGCCAGAACCAGAACCCAAGUGAUCAUUAUUCUAGGACCAUCAUUUUUGUCGGAAGGAAGGAAGGAAUG